GUACUUCUCUGUCGGGCGCUCUUAGUCGCCAUGACUGAAGUUAUGGUUGACUCUGACCAAGACAGAGUAGUUGCAACUUUGAAAGCUUAUUUGAAACUGUGCUCGAAACCAUGUAAUCGAUCCACAAUACUAAAGGACCAAAGCUUUCUUGAAAUUCUGAAGACAUUGGUGCAAGAUGAUCGAGUUGUCGUGAUGACUUAUCUCAUAAAAAUCCUUCUACUUCUUACCGAGAACAGUGAUGAUGCUCAAGUAGUGUGCGGAGUUCCUGAAAUUGAGCGGAAUCUUUCCAAUGCCGCCGAGAAACAAUUCUCUCCAAACAUCGUUUAUAAUUUGCUUGUCAUCGUCUCACGCCUGAAAGCUGCGCAAAAUAGAAUUGCCAAGGACAGACGAACCUCCGCCGCAUCUCAGCCCUCUUCGAUUAGGGAGGUGAUAGGACCAGCAGCACCAGCUCCUCGAAAAUUUGUUGCGCGCAAGUCAAAGCAACUAAUUUACGAGUUUGACGAACUUUGGGAUGACUUGAAAAAUGAAAUCGAAACGCGUAUUUUGGCAAAAAGAGGCGUAAUCAGCUUGUAUUUUAAUCCUUGCGUCAACAGAGUCACUAUUCGAACAAUCCAGUCAAUAGAUGCAAAUGAGAUCACGGAUAUACUUUUUGACUGUGGUUGUGAAAUGGUAACGCAAGUUGUCAAAAUAGAUGGCGUGGAUGAAUUUUUUAAAAUGUACGCUAGCGAGAGAGAAAAGAAGGCCAUCAAACUCCCGGAUUACCUAGAUGAUAUCGAUAUUGUGGAUCCGAAGUCAUGCAUAGUCCCGAACGAUUACGUCCAGGGUCAUAAAGACAAUGGUGGAUGGUUCAGCUCUAUCUCUUCUUUUGUAAAAAGUUCCUUGUGGUGAUUUGCCCUUUAGUUUUGAUUUUUGAUUUGAUUUCCCAGUAACGUUUUCUACUGCCUUCGGAUCUUAAUGUAAACGUGGUACUGAUUUUCUGCCUUGCGAUCUCACGCUGAUCUAUGUGUUGCUCGAGAUCUUCGCUUUACCUCAAAGUCCCCAACUUUAUCUUUUUUGUGGUCUUCUGAUUGGCUCUAUUGGCUCAUCUGAUUGCUGUCUAUAAUCGAGGACUUUUAUCUGUGCAAUAUCUGCUAGUGUCUAUUUAUAUGA